CCCUCAGCUCCAGUCCUGGUUUUCAGCACCGGCGAUUCUUCUUCUUGUCUAGACAGAAAGCAGGCGGACCGAGGCCAGCCGGGAGAAUCCCUGCUCCGUACUCCAGCCCCGGUGUUCCCGCUCUCCGGCUCUUUGUCCCCGGAACUCGCUCUCACUCCUGGCCGUCCACCGGGGCUUUUUUUUUUUUUUUUUUACUCGCAUCUGGAUCCCAGUACGAGUCGCAAACAGCCCAGCGUCCUGUGCCGCAGAAACCACGGCGUCUUUAAAUUUGGGAAAGAAAGCAAGAAAAGAAGACGAAGAAAAAGGGAAGACAGAAGAAACGCAGCUCUCCUCCGGCAACUUUCUGCGGUCUGCUGUCCUCCCGUGGUUUAUCCGUUCGUCGAAGCCGUGAAGCAGUUUGUGUGAGACUGUGAUUGUUGCCUCAAGUUGGAGAGAAAGUUUUUUUUUUCUGCUCGCUGUUUUCGCACAUAAGUUUCCCCCCCCCUGUCGAGUCUGGAACUUGAUACUUAACUAAUACCUGUUGCUUUUAAACGUGCGACGUUUUAACAGGGUUUAGGCUUUUUUUCCCGGCGUUUUUUCUUUUUUCUCUUUUCUUUUCUGGCUCCCAAAUUGUUGCUGCAGAGCUGGCCUCGGAGCUGCUGUGAAUGAAGUUUCUGUUGAGCUGAAGAAAUCUCCAUGAGGAAACUCAGCCUGAGAGACGCAAAAACUUUGCCUUAACUAACAAACACACAAGACACCUGGGAGGCUGUCUACCUAUUUUGAGUUUUAAUUUUUACGGCUUUUAUUUUUAAAAAAACAUUUAUAUAUUUUUUAACCUUAAAAUGAAGACGCUGUCGGUGCUGUGUGUAGUCUGCACGCUGGCUGUGUUGACCGUGUCGGGAACCUCGGAACCAAAGUUGAAAAACUGUAACGAAGUUCGGGAGGCUUUCACCUCCAAAGGCUUCAACAUGAACGAUGCCCCCAACAAAGUGGUCAACGGAGCGCCGCUGAAGGUGUGUCCGCAGGGUCUCUCCUGCUGCACGGCCGAGAUGGAGGACAAGCUGAGCCAGCAGAGCCACACGGAGAUCAAAGCUCCCGUGUCCCGGCUUAGCACCACCCUACAAUCCACCUUCAAACAGAGACACGACCACUUUGACAAGUUCUUUAAGGAGCUCCUGAAAAACUCCCAAACGUCGCUGCACAACAUGUUUGUGCGGACCUACGGGAUGAUGUACAUGGACAACGCCCAACUGUUCACGGACUUCUUCACCUCGCUGACCCGCUACUACGUCUCCGGCAGCUCCGCCGUCAACCUGGAAUCCAUGCUGUCGGACUUCUGGGCCGACCUCCUGGAGAGGAUGUUCCGGCUGGUCAACGUCCAGUACGAGUUCAGCGACGCCUACAUGGAGUGCGUGAGCCAGCACACAGAGCAGCUGCAGCCCUUCGGCGACGUCCCGCGCAAGAUGCGGAUCCAGAUGACGCGAGCCUUCGUGGCCGCGCGCACCUUCGUGCGAGGCCUCUCCCUCAUGCCAGACGUGGUGAAUAAGGUGUCCACGGUCAGCGCAUCUCCCAGCUGUGUUCGAGCAGCCACGAAGAUGUUGUACUGUCCCUACUGCUCCGGCCAAGUGGCCCUGAAGCCCUGCCAGAAUUACUGUCUGAACGUGAUGCGGGGGUGUUUGGCUAACCAGGCUGACCUGGACACGGAGUGGAACAACUUCCUUGAUGCCAUGCUGGGCCUGGCCGACAGGCUCGAAGGGCCCUUCAACUUUGAGUCCGUCAUGGACCCCCUCGACGUCAAGAUCUCAGAGGCCAUCAUGAACAUGCAGGAGAACAGCGUGCAAGUCUCGCAGAGGGUCUUCCAGGGAUGUGGGACGCCAAAACUCAACAAGGCCUUCCGCUCCAAACGGUCAGGGAAGGAAACGGGCUUCACUGGCCGCUUCCGGCCCUACAGUCCAGAAGCGAGACCGACGACCGCCGCCGGGACCAGUUUAGAUCGGCUGACAACAGAAGUGAAGAAGAAGCUGAAACACGCAAAGAAGUUCUGGUCGACGUUGCCAGAGACGGUGUGUGCAGGGGAACUGACCGCACCUGGCGACGAGUGCUGGAACGGUACAGCCAAAAGCAGAUACCAAUCAGAUGUGAUUGGCAACGGGCUGGCCAAUCAGGUUUCGAACCCUGACGUUGAGGUGGACAUUACCAAACCAGACAUCGUGAUUCGCACCCAGAUUGCGGUUUUAAAGGACAUGACGAACCGACUGAAAGCGGCGCACAGUGGAAACGACGUGACUUUUGAACCAGUGGAUUAUACUAGCGGAGACGGCGAGAGCGGCAGCGGCUGUGACUCCCCGUCGUGUGGCGAGGACGACAUCUACAUCUCCACCGCGCAGAACCCGGAGAAGCCCAGGGUCAAUACGGUGCAAAAAGACUCAUCGUCGGCGUCCUCACGGGGAAGCCUGGCGCUGGCGCUCUGGGGGCUGGCCCUGGCCCUGCUCGCCCCCCACUGGAGAUAAAAGACCAUCAGAACGGGAGAGGAAGAGAAGAUCGACCAGGAUUACAAGAAUGAAGGGGAACCCUGUCAGAGAGACUUUAAAAAGACUUGCCUUCAGGACCUCAGACUGGGGCGGAUGAGGGAGGGGGGAGGGAGACUCUUCUUGAUAUUACAAUAACUUCACUAUUAACUAUUUGUAUGUUUGUAAGUGCAUCAGUGUAUGGCAGGGGGAUUUUUAGUCUGAAAAAUCCACCUGUUUUACCCCCCCACCUCGCAAUUUCAUAAACUUCCUUUAGGUUCUGCUUGCAGCGUUACAGACAUAUAGCAAAUAGUGUCUUUUUAUUUUCUCCCCAGCGAUAUCAAUAACAGUUAAUGAUUGGUUGAACAAGAAGUGCCUGUAUUGAGGCAUCUUCAUAUUUCUGAUGAUGUUCCUGCUACCCAUCACUCAUGGAUCAUUCAUACAACAUGCAAACUGUGAAUUAUUCUGGAUAAUCAGCCUGUCAAAUCAUGAUUUUUUUUUUACUCAAGCACUCAUCACUCAGAAAUACAAGAAGAUGUUGCAACACAGG